UUGCGGAGACCGGGACUGCAAGAUGGCGUCGGUCGUGCCACUGAAGGAUAAGAAGCUCAUGGAGGUUAAACUUGGAGGGCUGCCAAGCUGGAUAAUGACGCGGGAUUUCACCCCCAGCGGCAUGGUGGGGGCCGUUCAGAGAGGCUCUGACCGGUAUUACAACAAGUACAUCGACGUGCGGAAAGGCAGCAUCUCGGGGAUUAACAUGGUUUUCAGCGACUGCCUUUCUUACAAGGAACUCAAACAUGAGCGGCGACGCAAGUACCACUGAGGGAGGGUCACUGUGGAGGGCACUGCAC